GGCGGCAGAGGACGGGUCGCAAUGCCUCUCCCCAGCUCUGAACAGGACGUGGCUACAAGAAACCAUUGAUCUCCACGUGCAGGGACCUUGAGCUGCAUUUGUUGUUCAGUGGUGCUCAGCGAGCGGCAACGCAGCAAAGAGAAGCAGGACUGAUCCGCUAAUGAGAUCUUUGAUUUGGGGAGGGUCAGUGCUGCCUGGCUCCAGGGUACAGCCCCAGCAAGGGGGAGAGGCAGCUGGAGCAUUAGGGAGGGGAAAAGCUGUCAGGGUAAAGACAGACAGCUGGAAGGGUGAGCGAGGGGCCUGCUUUGCUGCUGCAGCUGGUUGGGACUGAGGGUGACGGGGCCGGCUGGGGUUGCAAUGCAGCGCAAGGCCUGGAAGAAGCAUCCCCAUGAUAUUCCUGGGUGGGUGAAAGGUACGGGGCUGCCUGGGGCUGGUGGAGGAGCAGCCCCAAGCUCACAGGUAUCCUUUCCCAGGACCAUGGUAGAUGUGCUGAUGAGCAAAUCAGCAGGGAGGUGCCAGGAGGUGCAUGUUACCAGGUGGAACCUGAUGAAAGAUGUAUUGCCCAUCUGUCAGGAAAUGUACUUUGCUCCAUGUGCACUUCCCUAACAACACCUAGAGCUGGGUUGGGAUGGGAGGGGGUGAGAUCAGUGCCUAGGAAAGGCCUGAGCCUCCCAUGGAUGGCAGCAGGCUGCAGCCCUGGGUGAAGCGUCCUGUUGAAAGGUGUAUUGACCAUCUGUCAGGAGAUGCACUUUGCUCACAUGCACUUCCCUAACAACUCUAGAGCUGAGUUGGGAUGCAAGCAGGGUGGGAUCAGUGCCUGGGAAAGGCCUGAGCCUCCCAUCGAUGGCAGCAGGCUGCAGCCUGGGGUGAAGCGUGGAGCUGAGCCCUGCCCAGAGCAGCUUUCUGGGGGUCCAAGACCCUCAUCCCCAGCCCUACUCCCUUCUUGCCCUGGGGGGGUGUUACUGCUGUCCAUAAAGGGGGUAUCUCCAUUCCCGUUUCCCUCCAUGUAUCCAGCUAGGAUGGGUGGGGAGUGCUGGUGCUAGGGUUACCCCCUCUGUCCUUGAUCCAGAAAGGAUCCGGCUCUGGGCUGGGACAUGGGGCAUUAUCAGGAUGAAACAAGUGAGGAUGAGUUGGCAGGCAGAUCUCCUGUGAAACGUGUGUGCGUAUGUGUGUGUAUACAUGUGUAUAUACGUGUGUGUGUGUGUGUACAUGUGUGAAGAAAUCACCCCAACCCCCACGUGUCUCAGAGUCCUCUCCUCUUUUCCCCACUUCUGUGAGCACAUGUAGCAAGGCGCGCAUCUGUUCCCGACGGGGUGUGCCUGUGCAUUCAUGCAAAUAUAAGAAAACUAUGAAAAUUAGCAGCCGGUUGCAGUUGUCUGUGGGGACGUGAGGUGGGUGGGGAAGAAGAAGAGCAUCUCUGGUUCUCACUGCCCCAUUGUUCAGCCCCAGUGCUUUGCAUUCCCAGACAAUCCUGCCCUGGGAAUAGGGAAGUUCACCUCUUGCCACUUCCCUAUUUGGUGAUCCCAGAGCUAUACAUCCUGCCCCAACCAGGAACAGCUCAGUCCUUUGUUUCUCCUGCCUGAGGCUGGAGACCCCCGAGUGAUGGGAGCUGCAGCCUGGCUCCCUUGAGACAAGUGGGCCACAUGCCUGAGCUGUGUGCGCCAGGUCUCAGCCGGGACUGCUUCGCUUUCCUGCAGGCAUUUUUCCUCCAGCCUGCUCUGGUCCAAACAGCCGCUGUCUCCUUGGGGACCGCAGCCCAGGGUGGUGCGGGACCUGCCCUCAGGCACCUGCUGCAGCCUGACAGGCCAUGCUGUCGCUGGCAGAGGCCGCGUGCUACUCCGGCAGGGUAAUUAGCACACGUCCGGUCAAGCCUGGCUUAGCCAAACUGCUGUCACGCAGGCUUCUGUGUAACUAGGCCAUGUCGACCACAGGCAGGAAAUGCAAGGGUGACCUGCCCUGCAGCUUGAGAGACAGCAGCCUGCCCUCUGCAGCUGAGCUCUCGUGACAAGGGAGCUGCGGGCCCCUGGGGUGCCGCCCACAGCCCUGUCUGGGGCAGGGGACAAAUGGGCGCCAUGAAUAGGUGCAUCUAUAAAAUGGCCAUCAUCAUGCCUGGCUGUGCGCGGCAAAGAGCUGUGGCCUGCCCUAGUGAGUGUUGGGAAGGCUGCUUUAUGGUGGCCGGCCCGAGGGAGAGCUAAAAGGGACAGAAAUAUGAAGCAGAAGGCGAUGGGAGAGGGCUGGGAGUGGCACUGAGAUCCCCCAGGGGCUGUGGGCAGACAGCUCUGAGUGCAAAAAGUGCCUGGAAGGGAGAAGCAGCCUGUUCUGUGAUGCUUGCAAAGCCCUUGGCUUCUACCUAUGUCCCCUCCCCGUGCAGGCUCAGUGGGCGAGGAGACGAGCAUGCACUCUCACUUCCCCUUGAGCAUUUGCAGCUCCGAGAUCUUCGCAGCUAGUGCUUGAAGGCAUGGCCUGCAAGAGCCCCCUGGUCCCAGGGAUGCUACUAAGACUGAUCGGCUGCUGGGCAGGUAAGCUAACACGCAGGCAGGGAGACAGGUGUUUAGUAGUAAACAGGUGGCUUAUUCUCAGCGAGGUGGAGCCACUCUUCCCUCUGCUCUUUAGUCCUGCUGCUUCUAGCUCAGGAGCACUGAGCUCCAGGUGGAGAGAAAGGCAUGGAGGUGGCUUCUGUCCCUGCCUUGCUGCUGCUCAGUUCUUGGGCAGGUGAGUGGGCAAAUGCUGGCUUGUAGCCCACGUCUUCCCAGCUUGAGACAAGGGCAGGAGACAGAUCUGGGAAAACAAGGGGAAGGUUUGCAGCCGCCUCUUUGCCCAUUUUCCCCCAUGUUAGCACCCAGACGACCUAUUUAGAGAAAUGGAGAAGCUCCUGCCUGGCUUGAAGUGCUGCAAGUCAGACAGGUGGGAGAUAGGGAGGGUGCUGGGUGCCAGGUGAAUGCUGUUGGGCUGCUAUUUUUUGGUAUGCUGCUAUUUUUUUUAUAUGCAGCUGCCGGUCAUGAGGAAUAGCGGCUUUACGUUACCUGCUUGUUCACCAACUGGCUUGUAGAAGAUUUUCAUAAAUUGUAGUUCUAGAAGAUUUUCAUAUUUCUGGGGUUAAAACCGGAAAUCCCAGGGUCAUAAGAGGAGUUUAAACCUUCUCAUCCUUGCUAAACCCAACAAACUCAAGAGCCUGGGAAAACUUUAUGGUGGUUGGGGGCUGUCUGGCUGGGUGGACGGAAAGGAGCGAGUCUGUGCCGGUGCUGUGGAGUUGCUCGAUUCACUUGCAGGCAAGGUUCUGUGGGUGGAUGCGAUAUCUUUUAUUAGACCAACUAAAUAGUUGAAAAAAAAGUUCUUUCUUCGAUUCCUUUGUGUAUUCACUGCAUUAAGGAAAGCAGCUCUGCUCAGAGCUGGAGGUGCUUUGCAGCUCUGAAUACUCAUCCAGCCCCAGGGGGUUAAAUCUAAAGGGUCUGAGCAAUGCUUCUUCGGUUCUCUGAGUGUUUUUUCGGAUUUGUUUUGCUCUUGGUUUUUUCUUGGCUUGUCAGAGGAGAGACAGAGCCGGUUCCCACCCCUGCUUUGUUCUGGAUCUGGGAGGGGAUGUUACCCCUUAUCUCAGUGCAGGGCUAGUGUGUGGGUUCUUGGCAUGGAAGCUGUGGGGUUAGGAUGGGACCCCAGCUUAGGGGGCAGGACAUUUAAGAUGCCUGUAAUUACUGAUUUGAUUCGAGCUGAGGGAGAGGCUGAGAACUGCUGGUCUCCAUCGUGUCCUGGUGGGUGCUAUUCUGUAGUUUAAGUUUAAAACCAAGCCCCUCAAAGCAGCUCUCUUCCUUCUUCCUUUCAAAGUCCCAAGAGGAAAUCGCAGCACAAGUCCCAGCUGCCUUGGGAAGCUAUCACUUUGCAGCCCGGGGAAUCUGCAGAAAACUGUCUUCGUCUCAUGCCCGGCGGGUUAGCCCUUGGGUGGAGGGAGCUGUUUCUAGCCAAACGCGGAGGGAAUUGGCCCUGGCCUAUGGAUUCAUACUGGGGUGCCCUGAAUUUGAGGCCCCACCAUGCAGGUCUGGGGGGCAAGAAGAAUUUACUUUGUGCUGUUUUGGAGUAAGGGAAUGGAGAGGCAGAGCGGCAGGGCUGAGUCCUGUGAAUGCUUCUGGAUGAAGUCAGGCAUGGGACACAAAAAAUGAGGAUUGUAAGGGACCUUGGGAGGUCACGUCUAGUCCAAGCCCCUGCUCAAAGCAGGACCAGCCCCAACUACAUCAUCCCAGACAGGGCUUUGUCUACCCAGGUCUUAAACAGCUCCAAGGAUGGAGAUUGCACCACCUCUCUGGGUUGCUUGCUCCAGUGCUUCACCACCCUCCUCGUGAGAGUAUUUUUCCUAAUAUCCAACCUCCCUUACUGCAACUGGAGCCUAUUGCUCCAAGUUUUGUCACCUGCCACCACUGAGAACAGCCCAGCUCAGUAGUUUUCAACCUUUUUUCAUUUGUGGAUCCCUAAAAACAAUCAGAUGGAGGUGUGGACCCUUUUGAACUGUAAGCGUGGGUAUUCAUGUACUUUUGAUUGAUCAUAGUUGUCUUUCGUGGCCCCCUUAGAUAUAAUGUGCAUGCCCUCAGGGGUCUGUGGACCAAAAAACCACUAGCCUAGCUUUAUCUUCUUUGCAACCACCCUUCAGGUAGUUGAAGGCUGCUAUUAAAGCCCCCCUCCGUCUUCUCUUCUGCAGACUUCUGCCAGCUAGACAAGGUGCUGGAUACCACUCACACAAGGCUCAGGGCCCCUGGGUGUGGGGUUGGGACCUCUGAUGUUUGCCUCUUUUGCAGAAGCAGAGGCUGCCUCUGCAAUUCCACCCUCUCCUGGCAGCAGUGCAGCUCCUCAUGCUUCCUCCCGGGGCUUGUGGAUAAGGGGCCAAUGUGGCAUUUUGAAUAGCGAAUAGACAUUGCAUUGAAUAGCAUACAUUCAUUCAUCCUUGUUAUAACAAAAAUCUCCCUCGAGGCUGGCCCAGGUCUCUGCGUUCACCUUCCCCAAAGACCAAGGGGGGGUUCCCAACCUGCCUCCGAUCCAGUUGUUGAAAUGCAGCUGUGGGUCAGAACUCCCUGUACUGGAGGGGGCCAGGCAAACCGUUCUGGAUCAGCCCCAUGGCUAAAUAAAACCUUAAUGCUGCACACACAUCAGGCUUAGGAUGACAGCCCCAGAUCUAUUUUAAGGUUAAACUCCACAGAUUUGAUCCUCUGGUGCCCAGCAGCAUGUGCUGUCAUUUAUCCCCUCCAAAGCGGAUCUAAAAUGGCACUGUUCUGCUGUUCUGCAACACGUCGCGGCCCCAGGCACAGCUGGAGGGGGCAGGAGAGUCCGUAACACUGAUGGCAAGACCUGCCAAGGGAAAGCCCCGGCCUUGAGCCAGCAGGCAGGUAGCUGAGCAGAGGCGGGUGAGGCUGAGAGCUGCAGAGACCAUGUUUGAGGAUAAAUAUUGGGACAGGUUUAUUAUUCUGUAGCAAGUGAGUGCAGACGGAAGCCUUGCCUCUGGCACACCUCUGGGACACCAACCUGUUCCUGGCAGAAGGACACAGGUGGCACUGGAGCUCACCCAGACACCAGGAUCAGCACAGGUCUCGCGAUGACCACUGCACAGCCCACAGCCCGCCGAAUGAAUCGGGUGCUGGGUGGCUCGGCCUGGCUGUCCGUGUCCCUGCCUCCAGGAGUGUCGGUGAAGUCGACAGAGUGGAGCUUCAACACAGGGUUGGGCCGUACCAUCGUGAUAGCAGAGUUCAUCUCCGGGCGACUGGAGCAGCUGGAUCCUGGUGACCAAUUCGGGCGGCGCCUAGAGGUGCCCAAUGCCACGACACUGGGCAUCCGGGAACUGAAGAAGGAUGAUGGUGGCUUGUACAGUGCCCGCGUGAAACUGCCCCCAGCGACUGUGGAGGACUAUCACUUCCACCUCGCCGUCUACGAGCUGGUGCCAGCACCCGAGAUCCAGAGCCAGAUUCACCCCAGCACGCUGGGCUGGUGCAACCUCACACUGCACUGCCAGGUGCCCACCACAGCUGCCAUGGACAUCACCUGGGGCACAGGGGACUCCCUGCAAGAUCUGGCGAGGCAUCGCGUCUCGGCUGAUGGCCAGAGCCUGCACCUGGCUCUGCCCCCAGGCACCUGGAACGACACCUACACCUGCAGCGUCAGCAACCCCGCCGACCGGAAAAGCACCUCUGUGGCCAUGCAAAGCCUCUGCCUGAGCAACACCACACAUGCCACCAUGUGGACGUGGUUCCUCUGCAUUGGGCUGAUUGUUGCCGUGGCCGUGUGCUUCGGGGCCUGGCUCUGGAGGAGGAGGAGGAGGAAGGCAGCUGGGAGAGCCCCCAUGCGAGACUGUCCCAGUGAGCCCCAGUACGCGGAGAUCAAGAGGAGGAGACCACCGGAGGGGGAUGAGCAGAUCCUGAGCUCCCCACCUGACAGCCCUGCUCAGAGCCUCCUAGCGAUGACACCGAUCACCAGCAUCUAUGCCCAGGUCCAGCUGAGCACACCUCAGCUCCUCACCUAGGCCAGGACUUCCUGGCUCUGAGAGAGGCUUUUCUGUUGAAAUCGCUGCUGAAGUGCUUUGAAAUUCCUGAGCCAAAGCCACCGCCCUCCCCCCCGUCUCUUGCACGCACGCACACAGGCCUGCACUCACAUGCCUGCCUUUGCAUAUGCGUGCACUCGCACACAUGCACACCCUGCCCAGCGUCCUUGUCGCAUCUGACACUUCCCCUCUGCUUUGCUCCAAACCAGGCGCCCAGGACAGAGCUGGCUCUGCCUGGCCCAGGGCCUGGAUGUGGGUGGCAGCAGCAGCAGCUGGUCUGUUGGCUCCAGAGCUGCAGCCGCCUGGGCCUGCCAGAGCUGGAUUUCCAGUAGCUCCUUUGAUCCUCUUCCCCAUUCAGCUCUUGACUCUGCUUCUCUGGAGAUGCCAGUGCCUUCCCCUGGCCCCAGCCUGGGGGCAGCCCCACACCCCCCUGCCAGUAAGGCUGUGUCAGAACAGGGUCCUUGCCAAGUGGGGUCCCCAAAGGCAUGACCGGAGGGGGCAGGUCUUGGGAUGCAGCCAAUGUAGGGUCAGGGGAUGGUGGUCAGUGUGCGAGCUGGUGAGUCCUAGGCAGGCUGGGCCAGGGGCUCUGUACUCACCUACCACCUGAUGGUGCAGGGCUGGCCAGGCUCUUGGGGCUGCGCAUGGAGCUGGCCCUGAUCCCUCUUGGCUUGUCCGCUCGAUUGCUCCCGUCUGCCAAGCAGGACACGCCAGCCAGGAUGCCCUAGGAAGGACUGCCCUGUGGCUCUGCCCAGGCCUGGGAGCAGGCAAGAGAUCCCUGGAGUGACCUUUGCCCUUUCACACUGCUAGAGGGUUAGGAUGGCAUCUGGACCCGACUUCUUGGAGUUGGUGCAGCCACCAGGACCCAGCAGAGCAGCCAGACAGAGAGGAUGCUGGCCAGGCCAGGCUCUCCCAGGCAGAGGGGCCAGGAGUGCAACCCCCUCCUCUCCCCCACAGGCAGGAGGGACCUAGCCUGGGGGGAGAUCAGGCUGGAGUUGAGCAAGCAGCUCCCCACCAUCACAGGCUGUGAAGCCUCUUCCUCAAGGUGUUUCCUUAGGGUUGCACAAGAUGCAAGUUCCAGCCCAGGGGACUCUGGAGACGAAAGGGAACCGGCGAGGGUGCGCGCGGCCGCAUCUCUUGUGCUACUGAGUAAAGAGCAAUGGUGGUUUGGAUCCCAUGUGAGCUCAGUGUGUUCUUACCCCAGGAAAGGGAACUGGUCCCCCGAGGACCUCUGCUCCUGCCGCUCCUGCCGUGGUGUUUCAGGGGGGAGGGGGUUGAAGUCCCUAUGACUGAUCUGUUUGGGGGGGUGUUCAGCUCCGUGGUCUCUUCCUGGGUGCAUCAGGCCGGUCGAGACACGCUAUGCAACUGUCCCUGUGUGCAAACUCAUCCUGUUCACUAGCAUUAGUUCUCUUGCACGAGCGCUGGUGUGCAAGGUGCUGUAGGAACAAGAGGAUCCCUGCCUACCAGCAGCAUCCUCCAGUGUCUGGAGUCCACAGAGGAAACCUCAGCCCAGCUCUGAGCAUCCUCCCCACCGACCAACCCCGCUGCUCACUUCCUCAGCCAGGUUGCUCUUCCGCAGCCCCCAGCACCUGGAAGGCUGCCCUGCUGACCCCUGGGAGGGGGGGCACCUGCAAUUCAGGGCCUCCCCA